CAUAAAGAUAUUUGGUCUCUAAUAAAAGGAUAAGUGGAGGAAGCGCCCGCGGCAAAUGAGUGGUGGUUAUUCUGCCGCUGCUGGCAGUGGCAGACAAGAAAGGAGGAGACGAAGAAACUCAACCUCACCGUUGAAGGAUCGUACCAAAACCACUUCAUCCAACUUGUCGUCUUCUUCUUCAUCCAAACUAAGCUCAUCAUCCUCUGCCACUCUCCUCGACGAUGACCCAACCGUUCUCCUCUUUGACGAAUACCCUAACCCUAACCCUAACCCCCGAAGCUUCCCACACAGUGUUAAACAGAAAUGCUGGGAAAAAGCUGAGAAGGUCAAAGGACGAGACCCCGAUCGAUGGCGCAGAGACCCCCUCGGUAACCUUAUGUUUCGUAAACUCGUAGGUUGCCCUGGUUGUCUCUGUCAUGACUACGAUCACAUUCUCCCUUACUCCAAGGGGGGCAAAAGCACGCUGGAAAACUGUCAAGUGUUACAGGCAACAGUCAAUCGAUCAAAGGGUAAUCGAACAGAUAUCUCCAAAGCUGAUCUUAUCCAGAAGAGUUCUUAUUGCAGAGUUUCAGAUCGUGAUAUGGACCUUCUGGAAUUGUCUGCCUUUGGCAAUGUUCGGCGUGGGCCCGAUACCGGAGGAUGUAGAAUUCAAUGAAGUGAACGGACAUUUAUACAUAUUAAUUUGUUGUGUGUUGAUUCCCAUAUGUGGUUUGAAUGAUAACAAUUUUUGGAGCUCCAUCUAUGUAACCACAAAGAAAGCGAUGGCAUUGUCAUCUCUUAAGUUGACGUAUUCAAGUGUAGCUAUGGUUAUUCUCUCUCUCUCUCUCUCUCUCUCUCUCUCUAGAACAACAAGGUCGAGUUUGGGUACUUUUCUUUCUUCAUAGUUCACCCACUCUACUAUAUUAACUGGGUGUGUUACAGGAUCAAUUUAUCGUGGGAGUAGGUAUUUUUCAAACUUUCUUUGUUUAAUAAUUUUGGUAUGAAUAUUUAUUCCAUCAUGUUAGUAUAUUGAAUGGUUGGAUUUGUUUGAUUAA